ACAACCAUGGUGGUGCUACCGGCCAGCUCAGAAGCCCAGAUGGUGCAGUCACUGGGCUUUGCUAUCUACCGUGCACUGGACUGGGGCUUAGAUGAGAGUGAGGAGCGAGAGCUCAGCCCGCAACUGGAGAGACUCAUCGACCUCAUGGCCAACAGCGACUGUGAGGACAGCAGCUGCGGGGCAGCAGAUGAGGGCUAUGGCGGGCCAGAAGAGGAGGAGGAGGCUGACGGCGGCCCCCGAGCUGUGCGCACCUUUGCUCAGGCCAUGCGGCUGUGUGCUUCGCGCCUGACUGACCCCCAUGGCGCACAGGCCCACUACCAGGCGGUGUGCCGGGCUCUUUUUGUGGAGACGCUGGAGCUUCGUGCCUUCCUGGCCCGAGUGAGGGAAGCCAAGGAGAUGCUGCAGAAGCUGGGGGAGGAUGAGCCACGGGUCGAAAAGCCACUGGCCGAGCUUGACCACCUGGGACACACAGACUGGGCCCGGCUGUGGGUCCAGCUCAUGCGCGAGCUGCGUCACGGGGUGAAGUUGAAGAAGGUGCAGGAGCAGGAGUUUAACCCACUGCCCACCGAGUUCCAGCUCACCCCCUUCGAGAUGCUGAUGCAGGAUAUCCGUGCCAGGAAUUACAAGCUGCGCAAGGUCAUGGUUGAUGGGGACAUCCCUCCCAGAGUGAAGAAAGAUGCCCACGAGCUCAUCCUGGACUUCAUCCGCUCACGGCCUCCACUAAAGCAGGUCUCGGAGAGACGACUCCGCCCUGUACCACAAAAGCAGAGAACAUUGCACGAGAAGAUCCUGGAGGAAAUCAAGCAGGAGCGGAGGCUUCGUCCAGUAGGGGCCCAGCACUUGGGUGCCCGUGGUGAGCAAGGCGGGGAGGGGUUUGGUUCUCUGCCCUGCAUCCUCAAUGCCUGCUCUGGGGACAUCAAGUCCACUUCCUGCAUCAACCUGUCAGUCACGGAUGCUGGGAGUGGAAGCCAGCGUCCGCGGCCUCGGGUCCUGCUUAAAGCCCCCACCUUAGCAGAGAUGGAAGAAAUGAACACAUCUGAGGAAGAAGAGUCCCCCUGUGGAGAGGUAACACUGAAGCGGGAUCGCUCUUUUUCGGAACAUGACCUAGCUCAGCUUCGGAGUGAGAUGGUCUCUGGCUUGCAGUCAGUCACUCUGCCCCCAGGAGGGAUAGAGCCUCGGGCCAGGGCAGGCAGCAUGCACUCCUGGAAACCUAGCACCCAGGACCAGGCUUUCUGUCCUGUGAAUGACCAGUCCCAGCCUUACCCCAGCUCCGCCUUGCCCAGCAGCUUGAGCUCAGUGGAUAAACCAGAGGCUUCUGCACCAGACACCAGGCACCUGUGGCUGGAGUUCAGCCACCCUGUGGAGAGUUUGGCUCUGACUGUGGAGGAGGUGGUGGAUGUGCGCCGGGUGCUGGUGAAGGCUGAGAUGGAGAAGUUUCUGCAGGACAAGGAGCUCUUCAGCAGCCUGAAGAGGGGGAAGAUUUGUUGUUGCUGCCGAACCAAGUUUCCCCUAUUUUCUUGGCCACCUACCUGUCUAUUCUGCAAGAGAGCUGUGUGCACUUCCUGUAGUGUAAAGAUGAAGAUGCCUUCCAAGAAGUGUGCACACAUCCCUGUCUACACACUCGGUUUUGAGAGUCUUCAGAAGGUGCCAACUACCAAAGCCACGCCAACACUGAGGAGAGAUGCCUUCCAAUCCCUGCAGGGACCAAAAUGGCGGAGUGUUGAGGAGGAGUUCCCCCACAUCUAUGCCCAUGGCUGUGUCCUAAAGGAUGUCUGCAGUGACUGCACCAGCUUCGUGACUGAUGUAGUAUGCUCCAGCCGCAAGAGUGUGGAUGUCCUCAAUGCCACUCCACGACGCAGCCGCCAGACCCAGUCCCUCUAUAUCCCCAACACCAGGACUCUCAACUUCCAGUGACUGUUGUGAUGGCCACCCUGCUCCCCAUCCUGGAACACAGCUGCCAUCAAACCCCUUGUGCAUGUACAUAUAUACAUAUAUAGAUACAUUUAUAAUAUAUAUACAGCCUAUAUAUUUAUAUUUA